CCACCUUGUCUGGCGAAGCAACGAGAUCCGGAGUCAAGAGUCGCUGAAGAUGGGAAUAAUGCAGUUUUGUUCGGUCAUUUGUUUCUACUUUUUCCCAAGAAAUGGACCGAAAUCAGCGGAUGCCAAUGGCGAAAAAAGCGCUUUCUUUUGGAUCGCUCCUCCGGGAUUUGAGGAGCUUGUUUCGGUUAGCCAGGCUACACAGAUUUUCUGUCGCUGACCUUAAUUCGUCUCCGGGGAUAAAGGUGUGGACAAUGUAUGAGUUGGGCCAGGGAAAUCUGAGCCCCAUUUUUCUUGCACUUGAAGCUCUAAACGUUCAGAUGUCCAUUCGGCAUUUCUACGUUGCUAAGUAAUCUCGAAAGUUUUGCCCCUCCGACGAUUCAUCAUGAGGGAGAUGAGAAAGUCGGUGGCAAGAAGUCCCUCUCGCACGCUCGCACCCUCCAUAGCGAAUUCGAGCACCCGAACUGAGUGGGAGUAAUGGUGGUAACCGUCUAACAAUCGGAGGCUCGGAGGAAGGGACCGAGGAAGCAGUUCGUGGAUCCAGAUCCAGUUCCAGUACCAGCUCCCUCCCUGUUACUCCAAUAUCAUAAGAGCUUUCCUUCCUUUGGAUCGUUCUGGCUUGCCUAAGGGAAGCAGAGAAAGAAGAAGGAGAGGAGGUGUAGAAGGUGGAAGAGACUGGCUGGUUGGUUGAUUGGUUGGUAGUGACUUGGAAUGUGCUCCCCCGGUGCAUGGAAGCCUUGUCUCAUAUGAGCAAGGAUGCAUGGAGGCUAACUCCGCUGCCCUACUGAGAGGCACCAAAAGCGAGAGAGAAAGUGGGUUGGAUCAGUGAAGGACACUUUGAAAUGAGAAAGAGAGCCUUUCAAGUGGAACAAGUGAUCUUGGAACUCGAUAUCCUCAACGAUGUUCGUCCGGAGGAAGUUGGUGGGCUUUUUCACCGUGUUGAUUCUGUUUGUAGUAGUGGCCACCGUGGAUCACUAUUUCUACCUGGAACCCGGCCCCCGUGAGCACAAGCCCAAGAGGCACCCGCAGGCCCAUGAGAGUGCCGACCUUGAGGAAGGAGAGGUACCCAAGAUGCAUUUACACGCGGGGGCCGCACCCGGGGAGAUUACUAUCAACGAAAACACGGAUCUCAGAGAUCCGGUGGAAGUCUCUGUAGCUGAUGAGGUGAGCCAUGCGGUGCGAGACCGCCGCGUUGGAUUCAUUCCCACCGAACCUGUCGCCACAAGUGCUUCCAGAAUGGAUCAAAAAAGAAAAGACCAGAGUGACGGAAGCCUUGAGAUCGACGACUCCAAUACGCCGGACUUGAAUAGCGAUGGCACAAGAUACAUUCCACGGCGACGGGUAGUUCAUUUGGAUCUCAAAGGAGCCCCUCCUAAAAUAUCGUACUUCAAGACUCUGUUCCCUUUGCUUCAAUCUGCAGGAGCAACUCACUUGUUGGUAGAAUAUGAAGAUAUGUUCCCAUUCUGGGGACCACUGAAGAAUCUCACCGCGCACAAUGCGUACACUAAGAAUGAUGUGCAAAACCUUCGGAACUUUGCUGCCAAGAACAAUCUGGAGAUAAUUCCAUUGGUCCAAACUUUUGGCCAUCUGGAACUGGCAUUGAAGCAAGAAGAGUUCAAAGACCUUCGCGAGGUGUCCGAACAUCCUCAGUCCAUUUGCCCAUCCAAGGAUAAGAGUUGGACUUUCAUUACAGAAGUCAUCGAUCAAGUCCUCGAGAUGCAUCCCAAGUCCAAUUGGUUGCACAUUGGAUGCGACGAGGUUUAUCAACUAGGUCAGUGCUCGGUGUGUUCAGAGAAAAUUGCCAGAGCCAACAACGACCCCGAUGUGAAAUAUCAUCAAGACGGUCGCAGUAUUUUUCUGGAACACGUUCAUCGGGUGGGAAAAUAUGUCAGGGAAUCCAAACACGUGAUCCCAAUCAUUUGGGACGACAUGCUUCGAACCAUCCCUCCCGUGACAUUACUGGAUUCCGGAGUCGGCGACGUGGUAGAGCCCAUGAUUUGGGUCUACAUUGAGGACGUGGACCGAUUUGUGGAUCCCUUAACAUGGAACUCGUUCGGUCAGGUGUUCACUCAUGUGUGGACCGCCAGUGCUUAUAAAGGGGCCUUUGGCGAGCGAUUAUAUGCAACCAAUAUUCAGCGGCAUGUCGGCAACCAUUUGGCAUGGCAAGAGGUCAUGCGCCGGGAGAGUCAAAAUGGCAAUCGUAUUAACUUCCGAGGUAUUGUCCUCACUGGCUGGUCCCGUUACGACCACUUUGCAGUCCUCUGUGAGCUCUUGCCCGUCAGUGUUCCAUCAUUGGUCCUCAACCUGGUGAUCCUCAACGAAGGUGGUCACAGCUUUGAGGCCACCCGUCGGAGUCAUCGACUCCUCCAAUGCAAUGGACAGAAGACAAUGAUGACGCCGGAGGAGUUGCUCCGCAAUCCCGUCCAAUGGGAUCUGCACCGCUGUCGAUUCCCAGGAUCCAACCUAUUCAGCUUGCUCAGUUCCUACGACAUGAACAAGAAAGAAGUGGAAUCUCUUUACGAACGGAUCACCAAGAGGGACGGCUGGAUGUCCGACUAUAGUGUGCGGCAUCACUUUGCCUCGCCGUCACGGGUGAUGGACACCAUGCGGAGUGUCCAUUACUUGCCCAAUUCACUCCGGAGCAUGGAGGCACAGUUCAAAGACACGCUCUUGCAAUACUUUGACUCGUAUACCACGGAUGAGUGGAUCGAGCAGCACAUUCUUCCGCUCCAUGAGAUGGUCAAUGAGCUCGUGGAGAGGUCCAAAGCUCUGACGGACCGAAGUGCGUGGCCUCGGAGGCCGCUAGUAUCUAGUGCGCAGUCUCCGAAGUCAACUUAGAUUUCUUCCGUUCUCGUACUAGACACAAUUUGGUUACUUUCAUGUGAUGUUACUUGAUGGCUUUUAAAAAGUGAUGAUAUUCAUAUGAAUGAGUAUAUGAGAUCCCAUUUUUAAAAAAUCCAAUACAUACGACAAAAAUGCGUU